CGUUUUGUCAGCUCCCUGCGACCCCCGCCUCACUGCCCGGCAGCCGAGGGGUGGCUGGAGAGAGAGAUUGCCGGCACCGUCCGCAAAGUGGUGCGGGACUUCGUUGCCUCCUGGUACCGCACCGUCAGCAGCGAGCCGGCCUUCGAGGCCGAGGUGGAGAAGGCCAUGACGGGCCUGGCCGCAGAGCUGAGGCGGCGGAUGGGGCAAGUGGACCGUCAAGCCCUGGCCCGCCGCCUCCUCCUCCUCUGCGGCCAUCACUUGGAGAGCUACCUGCAGGCCCGUGAGGCCCUGAGGGGCAAUCCAGAGGGCGGCCGGACCCUGUGGCAGGAGUACAGCCGGCUGGCAGGGCCGCACCCUGCCCUCUGCAGCCCGGCAGCUGAGGUGGGCUACGCCCGGGCUGCUGUGGAGACGCUGCUGCGGGUGCUGGUGCCCCGGCCCCACCUGGAGACGCGGACGGGACGCUUCGUGGUGGUGGAGCUGGUCGCCUGCAAUGUCCUGCUGCCGGCCAUCAGGAAGAUGGCCGAUCCUGACUGGAUCAACCUGCUGCUCAUUGGGGCUUUCUCCAAGAAGCCCUGGGGUGAGGAGCCACCCCCUGCACUCCCAGUGCCUGUUUCCUUGCCCUUCACAGUGCAGACGGACGCUGCCCCUGCCAGGCUGCCGCCCUCCCCGAGGGCCAUGGAGAUGCCUGGGCGAGAGGCAGGGGCUGCUGGCGAGGAGGGAGAGGACCCGGCAAGCGGGCUGUGCCACACAGAGGAGCCAUUUCUCCGCCCGCGAGCCCUGGGCUCCCUCUUCCCCUGCGAGGGUUUGGAGCUGGAGUCCCCCGCGCCUGAUGCGGGCCAGGACACGGACCUGCUGGCACCGUCACCCGCCGGGGAGUUCCUCGAUGAACCCCUCCAGGACACCUCCACCGUGCUGGAGGGACCGGCCGCUUUGGAGGAUGGCGUGGGGGACCUGGAGGAGGGCAUUGCCACCAGCUCGGAUGCUGGCCUGCUCCCCACCUCUGCUUUUGCACUGAGCUCCUGCCCUGACAUCCAGAUUGACCUGGCAGUUGAGAAGGAAGGGGAAAGCCUGGCUGUCCUCAAAAAGUCCUCUUCACAGAGGCCCUGCAGCUUGGGGAAAGAUCUGGGGGCAGCAGAGGGCCCACAACAAAGCCCCCCAGACCCCGGGCAAACUCUGCCCCUGCUCUCAUCCUCCCCAACGGCUUCCAUCAGCACCUUCAGCUUUGAGCCCCUCAGCAGCCCCGAUGGGCCGGUUGUCAUCCAGAACCUGCGGAUAACUGGGACCAUCACCGCCCGAGAGCACAGUGGGACUGGCUUCCACCCCUACACCCUGUACACCGUCAAGUAUGAGACAGCCCUGGAGAGCGAGAGCGCGGGCAGCCUGCAGCAAAUGGCUUACCACACCGUGAACCGCCGUUACCGGGAGUUCCUCAACCUCCAGACCAGACUGGAGGAGAAACCGGAGCUCCGCAAGUUCCUGAAAAAUAUCAAAGGCCCAAAGAAACUGUUCCCUGAUCUCCCAUUUGGAAACAUGGACAGCGAUAAAGUGGAAGCCAGAAAAAGUCUGCUAGAAUCUUUCUUGAAGCAAUUGUGUGCGGUCCCUGAGAUUGCAAACAGUGAGGAGGUGCAGGAGUUCCUCGCCCUGAACACUGACGCCAGGAUCGCGUUUGUCAAGAAGCCCUUCGUUGUGUCCAGGAUAGACAAGAUCGUUGUCAAUGCCAUUGUGGACACCUUGAAGACGGCAUUCCCCAGGUCAGAGCCCCAGAGCCCCACGGAGGAUCUUAGCGAGUCUGAAGUGGAUGGGAAAUCUCAGACAGACGGGAAGAAGGCUAACAAGUCCAGGCUGAGGUUCUCGUCCAGUAAGAUUGCUCCGGUGCUGAGUGUGAGUGAAGCGCAUGACGGCAUCGUGUACUCUAUCAGGGAGGGCAGCGCUGUCUCUGGCACCCUGUCGCUGGCUGCUAUGGAGUCCUUCAUCCAGAAGCAGGAGAAGCUGCUGGAGGCAGUCCCCAGCAAAGCUCCCGAAGGCGAGGGAGGCAGAGAAGCUAAGGAAAGCUCCGUGCGGGAGAAUAUGGACGGGCUGGGCACAGCAGAGCAGGGGGCGCAUCCGGACACAGACUCUGACUCUGAGACAGCUUUGGCUGACCUGGCCCUGGAUGUGCUUCGUCUGCUGCUGAUGGAUCACUGGAGCUGGCUGUGCACGGAGAACAUCCAGAAGGUCUUCCACCUGCUCUUCGGGACCCUCAUUCAAAGGUGGCUGGAAGUCCAGGUGGUUAACCUGACCUGCACCCAGCGUUGGGUCCAGUACCUCCAGUUGCUGCAGGAAUCCAUCUGGCCUGGAGGAGUUUUACCAGCAGUGCCUAAACCAGCCAGGACAGAGGAACAGAAGAAAGCAGCAGCAGAGCAGGCCCUGCAGAGCCUGAUGGGGAUCUUGCCUAAUGUGAUCCAAGAAAUCCUUGGAACCAGUAAAUGUCGGAUGAGCUGGAACCUGGUACUGGAGUCCCUGGGCCAGCCUGUGAUCAACAGGCACCUGGUUUUCUGCCUCUUGGAUAUUCUGCUGGAGUUCUUGGUUCUGAAGGGCUCCAGCGAUGAGCUCGAGACCGCAGCUGUCGCGCCGUCUGCCUCUAGUGGCCUGGACAAAGCAGGCAUUUCAGCACAUUAACCAGGGCUGGUGUAGCCAGCAGUGGAGGAGAGAAGCAGCCGCAGGCAUGGGAUGAUUUGAUUUUCAGUGUUUACUGAACAUGUCUGGGAGCUUCUUGUAAAGAUUUUUUCCAGCCAGUGCUAAAUGAGGCUGCUUUCCAGGCUUCUCUGUUUUGGCUGGGUGAUGGAUUAAACCCAGUGUCAGGGGCUGAAGAUGCUUUUCUGCCAUGUAGCGUCUGUUCCAUUGCUGACCUGAUGGAGGGCCUGGAAUGAAGAUGCCCGACCUCUGCUGAGCUGGACAGUCUGAGAAGGAUAUGCAGGCUGCCCACAAGCCCUGUUGUCUUGCCCCACGUUUCUGAACAUCUCUAACAUCUAAAGGCAGCCAGCACACAAGAUUUGCUUUUGUGGCCUCGGGCUCCACCUGACACUGGCAUGCAGAGACUUGAUGUGACAGUAUCUUGUUGAUAGAUGUUUCUCCAGGACAGGUGAAGGGAGGACCAAAUGCUGUCCCUGCUCUCUAAGCAGCCUGCCCUCUGCCUACGCCGCACCAUCCAUUUUACCAGAAGGAAGACGGGGAGAGAAUGGAGCGCGGAGAUGUGGUGAUAGCCCUGAAGUCAGCGUCAGGGACCCAUCCCCACUGCCCAAAUAACUGGGAGGUCGAAAGCAGUGCAGAAAUCAAAGCUGCUGUCCUGUCUUAGGGACAAAGAUAAGCUGCCUCCUGCUGCCACUGCUCUGACAUGGUCUUGUUCUGGCAUCUUUUGCUGCCUCAACAGUAGGAUGCAAGUAGGGUAGACUGUGGUCCUGGAAAAGAGAACUGUCCCCAGGCUAAAGAGGAAUGGUAGCUCGGCUGGACUUCAGGAUUACCUUGUAUUUUGCCUGCUGAGUCACGUUUUAGUCCCAGAGGCUGUCACCUGGAAGGCACAGGAGAAAAGGAGCUGACUCAUGUGUGGCACACAGCAAGUAAAUCAGCUCCCACACAGAAGUGCUUGUCACGGUAAGCUCUGGAAGAGGAGCGAGCACCUCUGAGCCCAGGAGGAAUACCGAACGCAUGUCAUGGACAGACAGCGGGUUAGACCACAGCAAUGGGCUUGAGAGCACCACCUUUGCUCUGUUGUUGCUUGCUAUGUCACCGUGCUUUGGUUCACUAUGCCUGCUAUUGCAACAGCUGCGUGCAGAGGGCUCUAGAAAGCUUGUCAUGUCACGAUGUCCAGUGCCACCCAGCACAGAUGGCAUGUCGAUUUGGCAGCUGCUUUUCCGGGUCAUCCAAGACUUGAGUGGUUUUGCAAGCUUACGUUGCCCAGCUGUCAGGUUUGUGACAGGGCAGAUGGACAUGGAGAAUAUGGACACGGAGAAUAUGCACAAACAGACCGGUUUGGUGACCUGUUUUGGUGAAUUCCCUGGGAGAAAUACAAACUGACCAGCGCUGGACUUUGCUGAUGAAGGGAAUACUGCUCCUGGCGUUCUCCAAGAUUUAAUCUUUAUCUAAGAUUAAAGUGCUUAGGAGAGGAGACCUCGCAAGAGGGAAGCGUGCAGGAUCACAGCUAGUUUCCAUGUUACAGUACCAAAUGGUGCAUUUCGUGUAGCCUGCUGUUUCUUGGAGCUGGAUACUCUGUGGCAUGUUUGGAGAGAAGGUCAUGUAACUCCAACAUGCACACUACUGGAAGCAUAUUCUGCUCUUUCCAGAGGCAGCUGCUUAAUAAUGGACACACGGCGGUGUGUGCUUCUUUGUGUUUCUGGGGGGUGUGUGUGUGUUGUGUGAAAACACAGGGAAGGAUUAGCUUGCUGCCAGCAAGUAUAUUUUUAGGGAGCUCCAAGGACAUCCCAAGACUAGGCAGAAUCCAAUGUAAUGAAGCAAAGGAGUUUUGCAUCGCCUAUCAGAGCCAUCUCUCAGCAGUGACACUUUUGAGAUGGUAGCCUUGCCACCUGCUUGGAAAAGAAGGGAGCAUGUACGCUAAGUAGCUUAAGAGUAGAUUAGGCAAAGCUUUGGAGAAUGCUCCAUAUGGGAUAAUCCCAAAUGGCCAAGCAGCAGGUUGGGGAGCAGGACUCCCAUAUAUCCCCAAGCACAAUAUCUGCUUGGAGCAGCCGCUUCGCCCUCUCCUUCACUGCCUGGCUCCUGUUUCCCUUCUUUCUCCUACUACUUCCAUUUACUACAUCAGCUGUCUUGAGGAGUGGGAGAAGGCAGUAGGAGAAGGAGCCAUCACCCAGGGAUGAUGUAUCAUAGCCCUGUUGUGCUUGGUGGCUUCCCAGAUGCUCUUGGUGUGCUUGCUUGCUAUUGCUUCCCCAUUGAUUUUAGGGGUUUGGAGCUCCAAGACUGUAAUCUGUCAUUCAUCAGGGAUAUCAUUAAGAAACUGUUUGCUGAAAAGGAUCAUUCAGAGAUGGACUGCAAACUACGCACCGCCAGCUCCACGUGAGGGCAAAGGUCUAGCACAGGCGUUACAGACACUGGAUGUGGCGUUGGAAGGACGAGCUUACACUUCCCCUUUGCUGGGAAGCCCUAGCAUCCCUGCCUUUAACCCUGACCUCUGAUAUUAUGGGAAUGACUCAAUAUUCAUUUUGCCUGAUGGAAAUAACUUGCCAUUUCCGCUGGCGGGCUCCAAGGAGCAUAGCUUGAGAGCCGGCGCUUCGCUGGGAUGGUGCGACAAUGAUUUGCCGUCGUACCAGACAACUGCUUGGUCUGUGCAUCCUCUGCACCUUUCACGCAGGGGCCUCGAAGCCUGCACUUUGCAGACUUGCUCAUGUGGUGAAGGAGCAACAUCCCCUCCGUGUUUACAUGGGAGGAGCUGGGGCAGAGAGAUGAAGUAGGUUUACUUGCAUGCGCUCUUAAGUCAGCGGCAGAGUCAGGAAGAGACCCCAGGAGUCUGGAUUGCGAGGUCUUUGUUUUAAUCUCCAGAAUCCCCUUUCUUUUCUUAGAGCGAGGAAAACAGAAACCAGGGUUGCCGGAGCCCUUUCUCAUGCUCUUACUGGCUAGGCUUCAAACUCCCAUUCUCUCCUUCAUAGAUCUUAGUCCAUUCUCACAGCCGAGGUGAAGCUGCCCAGGAACAGCGUAGGAACAAGUAGCCCCUCUCUGUAUCUUGUUGUUAAGGAAUACAAAAUCCAAAACAAAGUUCAGCUUUUUUCUAAUGCCAGUUCUUUGCCUUACUGUAAUUUUUGGAUUAAAUUGAGCACGAUGGUAGCAAAGGCAAACUGACGCAUUCAGGUGGGCUGAAAGUUUAUUUCCAUUGGACUAAGACUGCUUUAGUAAAACAAACAGGGCCAACAAAAAAACUUUAACUCGGUCUGUGUGUGUAGUACUCCCAGCAAGCUCCCUUUUUCUGCAGGAAUUUGUAUAGAAGGCUUCAGCCACCCCUUACUGAAGGGAAGGUGGUGAGAGCAGGCAGAUUUGAUCUCGAAAAAAAGUUGCAGGCUUCUGUCAUCUUAGGUACAGAGCAGCACGUGGUUCAGGUGGGUGCUCGGCUUUCUAGGUCCUACUGGACAUAUGCGAUCUGCUUCCAGCCCACCGCUUGCUGACUAUGUGGCAUUGAGGAAAGCACUUCAUUUCCCCCGCCUCAGUUUCCCCCAGCGCUGGCUAGUUAGACUGCAAGCUCCCUGGAAGCAGGGGCUGCUUCUGUGCAUGUACAACAUGGAGCACAGCGGUACAGAGCUUCAAAGCAGCACCGUAAGCUAAACAGUAGUUUUUGUGUUGAGGCAGAGCUGCUUCUUAGGUUAUGUUUUCAGGAAAAACGAGUGCCACCACCGUGUAGUGACUCCCUGUCAUAUUUUCUGUGUUCAGAUCCCUGUAUUGGCUUUCUGUGGGUGCAGCUGUUCAAGUCUGUGUAGAAGAGCGCUGUCUUGAAAACCUAUUUUGUUGUUAAAUGGGGAGCAAACCGGUGCUCCCAAGUGCUUGUGACUUAUGUUCUGACUCUGUGUACAAUAAUACUCGGUUUCAG